GGUCCGUGCGCAGCGAUGGUGCGGCCGCCCCGGCAGAGGCCGGGGGCCUGGGCGUCGCUGCUGUGGCUGCUGCUGGCCGGGCCCGCCGCCUGUGCCGCCAGCCCCGCGGACGACGGCGCGGGCCCGGGAGGCCGGGGACCCCGGGGCCGCGCGCGGGGGGACGCGGGUGCCGACGAGGCGGCGCCGCGCCACGACUCCUCCUACGGCACCUUCGCGGGCGAGUUCUACGACCUGCGCUACCUGUCCGAGGAGGGUUACCCUUUCCCUACUGCUCCUCCUGUGGAUCCAUUUGCCAAAAUCAAAGUGGAUGACUGUGGGAAGACAAAGGGAUGCUUUAGAUACGGCAAACCAGGCUGUAAUGCAGAGACCUGUGACUACUUCCUUAGCUACCGGAUGAUAGGGGCUGAUGUGGAAUUUGAGCUGAGUGCAGACACAGAUGGUUGGGUAGCAGUUGGAUUCUCUUCGGACAAGAAAAUGGGUGGAGAUGAUGUCAUGGCCUGUGUCCAUGAUGACAAUGGCAGGGUCCGCAUACAGCACUUCUAUAACGUAGGCCAGUGGGCCAAGGAGAUUCAGAGAAAUCCUGCCAGAGACGAAGAAGGAGUCUUUGAGAACAAUCGCGUCACCUGCAGAUUUAAACGCCCGGUGAAUGUUCCUAGAGACGAGAACAUUGUUGAUCUGCAUUUGAGCUGGUAUUACCUGUUUGCUUGGGGUCCAGCCAUUCAGGGCUCUAUCACCCGGCAUGAUAUAGACUCACCACCGGCAUCAGAGCGUGUUGUCAGUAUUUACAAGUAUGAAGACAUUUUUAUGCCAUCAGCUGCCUAUCAGACCUUCUCCUCUCCGUUUUGUCUGCUUCUCAUUGUUGCGCUGACCUUCUACUUACUGAUGGGAACCCCGUAACCACAGCUGCAAAGCCAACAGAUUAAAUGGAUUGGAAAGCCUCUGGUAUAAAUAUAUUUUUAAAGAAAAUUAGACGUCUUUACUAACAGCCCAUUUGGAAGAAAGGAGUCUGAGUGUUGGUGGUGCUGCUGGUGUUCCCAUUGGGGAGUCCUGGCAUCCUCUGGCUUACCCCGUUAUUUAAAGCUGGCUCCAGAUUUUUGGUUUUUAUCAUUAAACAAUACUGGAGACUGAUUUCUAAUGCAGUCCUCAGGAUUUGUGACAGGGACAAGAGUCUGCCUGUGGGGAGAGCUUUCAAAUUCUUCUGGAAAUGAACAAAAAUAAGGAAAACAUUGAUGUUCUGUAAGGUUGCAGUUUACCAAGCACUUUCCCGGGAUUCGGGAGAAAGAAGCCUUGUUGCAGAUGGGGAGGGAUUAAAUGUCUUCAGUGGAACUGGGUACUGUUCAAACUCAGGCCCUCUGAGUUUGUUCAUGGUGUCCCCUGACUACCCCUUACCUAAACCCUCCAGUCAUGGCUGAGGAUGGCCUGAGUGUCACCUUUGCAACUAUGGGAGUUGUUUAGUAGUGAGGAUAUUGAGUCUGGGGGGAAUCCACUCUGUAAAUAAGAAAGCAAAUAUUUUUAUAUUUCAUUCUCUAAUGUGUAUAAUAUUUCAGCUACAAAUAGAGUAAAACUAAAGAGAGACUUCCAGCUAGUCUCUGUAGCAGGCAGGGAAGGAAUAAGCAAAUGGAUUUUCCUUCUGCUUGCAUUUCAAAUCAGCAAGCUAAUUAUUUCACUAAUUGUUUCUGCUUUGAUUACCAGUCACUUUUGCAUAUCUGUGCUUGGAACUUUCGGUGGCUUGGAACUUGCCAUUAGGGUGAAGUGCAAACCACUUCGGUUACCUCCAGUACCUUCUCUUGCCAUUACCUCUUCGCUUGCUACUUCCCAGCCAGGCUGAACUGCUCUCAGUUCCACAGGCUGGCUCUCUCACCUGUCAUGGAGCUCCUUCUGCCCAAGCAUUCUCUGCCUCUGUACUGGACAAACUCCUAAGUCUUCUUCCAGGUCACAGCUUAACUAUUCUUUCCUCCAAGCCCCUAAACUAGGGUAGGUUUAGGCUCCUGCCAGGGCUUCACAUAGCAGCCUGGGCCUCCUCAUCACUACGCUCAUCCGACUUACCGUAAGUGCUAGUUUGUCGUCCCUGCCAAGUCCCUAAUGCUGGAGCCAUUUCUCUUUACUCACUAUUGUAGCAGACACUACUGCAUAGAAGGGACUCAGCUAACACUUGCUGCAUGAAUAAAUAAAUGAAACUCGACUUCUGUGACCAGUUUGUUUGAUUCACAAGGCUUAUUUUUCAUGUGCAUUGCCAGGUUGACCAACAUUUUAUUUUUCACCUGUGAUCAAACCAUAGCUCAUUCCGUUAGCAAGCACUGAAUUUUCCCUUUUGAAACAUAAAGAGAAAGAUCAUUGGUAACAGUACUGUUUUGCCCUUCAGUUAAUUAGUUGCCAUUUUCAAUGAUAAUCAUGGUUCCGAAAUAAGACUUUGAAGAUGAGGGAUGCUGAAGAGCAUUUGGUCCUCAUCUCAGAGAACCAUCAAUUAUAGACACAUUGAAGUUAAGACUCUAUAGACUUCAAUUUCAUUUAUUCUUACCUAAUAUAAGAGUAUCAACUAUUUUAUUUCUAUAUUCCCAACUAACACAGAGGAGAUGCCCAAACAGUGGUAUUGUUUUUUUAAAAUACCAGAGUAGAAUCAUAAUAAUAAUAACACUAACUAAAAUGUAUUUAGUGCUGUUUUAAGCACUUGAUAUGGAGUAACUCAUUUAAUCCUCACAAUAACCAUAGGAAGUAGAAUCUACUAGUAACCCGAUUUUACAGAUGUAGAAACUGAGGCUAGUCAUUUGGCCUAAAUUACCAGCACCGGCAAGAACUUACAGAUCAUUUCAUCCAAAGCAUUUAUUGUAUAAAAGGGCGAAUGAGGCAUAGAAAGGUGAUCUGAUUUGCCUACAUACACCUGCCCUCAGCACAUUCAUUAAAGUGUUUAUUAAAUGGAACCCCAUUAACCACACUCAAGAUAGCUAUGGCUUUUUUUUUCUCCUUUUAGACUUUUUAUAUUUAUAUUUACAGGGGAGUGAGUGGGCAGGCAGUAAAUGUUACUUUGCAUCAACUUUGUGCUCUACUUAAAAGCAUUUUAAUUAUUUUACCAGUCAUUUUAGGGCUUUUCCUAGUUUUUUUUUUUUUUUUUAUUAAUAUGCAGAUUGGACAAGACUGGAAGAAUGUAUUUGUCUUAGUUAAUUUUUUAAAGUGACUUGUCUGUAACCCAGGUCUUCUAACAUGGAGCCCAGUGCCCCUUUUUUGCCCCCUGUAGUCUCUGUCUCUAAGGUGAAUUUAUAAACAUGAUUUCAGACAAAAUGCAGGAGCCAUAUUAAAUUAUCUUAUGUUAGCUUUUGUCAUUAAGGAAAUCAGAUGGUUUAGAGAAUUGAUAGAUACUCAUCCCUGAUGGUUUUUACUACUUGUUCUGUAAUAAGGUUAUUGUUUAUAUUCAGAAUUUUGUGCUUAAGAGAUACUACCACUGAGGUUAUGUGUCAUUCUUAGCUCUAGGCUAGGGUUUGGCAAAUGUUCUCUGUAAAGAGGCUAGAUAGUAAAUACUUUACUUUAAGCUUUGCCGUCGCUGUCUCAUCUGUUCCGUUCUGCUGUAGACAGUACAUAAGUGAAUGAUCAUGGCUGUGUUCCAAUAAAACUUUAUUGGCACAGAUAUUGGAAUUUCAUGUAAGUUUCAUGUGUCACAAGAUAUUAUUCUUUUGAUUUUUCUUUUAACUAUUAAAAAGUGUAAAAACAUUCUUAGCUUCUGGGCUGUACAAAAAUAAACAGCAGGCUGAAUUUGGCCCAUGGACCAUAGUUUGCCAGCCCCUGCUCUUGGCUAAGGGACACACCAUGAUCAUUUGUGAAAUGUAUUGUCAAUAAUUUAUUACUGGUUAAUUGUAAAAAUGUAAAAGUUAGUGAAUAAUUUUUUAAAAACAUUUAUUGUGGUAACAUAUCUACAAUAUAAAAUUUCCCAUUUUAACAAAAAAAAUUUUUAUACUUUUAAGAUUCAGUGGUGUUAAUUACAUAAACAAUGUAAAUAAUUUGUGUUUUAAGUAAGUUAUAGUUGUUUUAUUGAUAUCUUGAUAAUAGCAUUCCCAUAUAUUAUUCUAAUAUAUUUUUUGGAGUUGAUAGGAAAGGGGCAGUGGAGUCAGAGCUGGGUAAGCAGUGGUUGCUUUUUACCUAGGCCCUGGCAAUAGUGAGUACCGCUUUCUCCUGAACUGCCCUUUCUGGUGAUCACUAUGUUUCAGAGUAAUUUAUUUCCUUGUAGAAAUUGUUUUUUUUUUUUUUUCUAAAUUGUAUGGAGAUCUGCUCCACCCAUAGGAGUGUUUUUGCAUGUGACUUUGGCAUCUACUUGUGUAUCAUAGUUGAAAAAUGUUUGAAAACCACUGGGCUAAGCCAAAUGCUGAGAUGUGUAUACUUUGUUGUAUAUAGGUGUGUUGUAUAUUUUUGUUCUCUUAGCAGAAUUGGUUGUGUUUGGUGAACCACCUGAUUGUUGUCAGUGUGUGUGUAUGUGUAUGUAUCAUAUGUAUAUACAUGAUAGGGUGUGUGUUUACACAUAAAUGCCUAUAUAUGCACAUACUACGACCACUUGAAGGUCUUUGUCAGGGUUGUUUCUGUUUCUGAUCUCUCCAGAACUUUAAAAUUCAAGAGAAAACACAUAGUGUGUAUACAGACAAAACUACCCUUGAGUUUAUAGUAAUUUAGUUUGUGAAAAGGACUCCUGGUUCCUUUAUUAAUUAAUCCUUGCCGCCUCCAUUUCAUGUUAUAUGAAUUGUUAAAAACGUAUAAAGUAUCAUUGUUGAGUUUGACUUUUCUGUACUAUUAAUCAAGAAAUGAAGCCUAGUAUUAGCUGAGUAAUUGGCAUGUUGAUGCAUCCUGUAUACAUUUCAUAUUUAAUUAGGUUCCUUAUUCCUAUGUCAAUUAUUUAGUUUCAAGUUGGACUGCUUUGUUUUUGUAUUUAAUAGAUGACUUGAGUGUAAUUCCUUUUCAGAAAAAUAGUGGCUGUGCUUAUGGGAUUUUAAGUAUAACUGGAGACUGGAAAAUUAAGUGAAUCAUCAAACUAUUUCAGAUUUUUUGCUUAAUAUAUACUGAUGCUUGAUUGAUGUUAAGUUUUUUCCCUUGGAUAUUUGCUAUUAGGCAGAUGGCUGUUGAGUCAGAGUCUCCUGGAGAGUGAGUGAUUCUCUGGGGUUACCGGGGUGCUGCAGUGGUUGUGCAUUCCCUGGGUCACUAGAACAGUUACUGUUUCAUCACAUAAAAUGCCUGGGCACCUGGAAGAGUAAAUGCAGCUUCUCCACAUGCCUUAUUCCCACAGAUACGCUGAUAUGCUGGAACAAUCUGGCUCCAGGAAUAUUAAUAUACUUUUUUGAGACUGUCUACAAAAUACUAUUUUAUAAAAGCUAUGACUUUAAAUAGACAUUGAUGUUACAUUUGUUUUAUAAUAAUUGUGCACCCAGUGUUCAACUGUGUUUGAUUUUGAGAUUUAUGUAUAUUUAUAAGCCUGUUCUAUGUGAAUUUUUACUCUCGCGUGGUGCAUUACUAAUAAAGAUAUGGGUUUCUAUUUACAUAAAGUAAUUGUAGCAAUAUUCCUAGAUGGUACCUAAAUGAUUGUUCUGUCCAUUUGCCAUCAUAAAUACUUUUAUGUUUAGAGGAUUAGGUUACAGCCAGAAUAUAUUAACUGGAAUUAAACUUUAAUAUAUAAAUUCUUAACAUGGUUUGAAAUUCUUCCUGGUGAUGUAAUUAAAGUUAGUUUAAUUCCUUA